AAAGACAUUGACGCUAAGCGCCAUCUCCGGAAAUUUUGAUACAAGCCCCGUAAACAUACAAUAUCUCAAAUCAAAUUUACUGCUUCACCGGUCAUUGUAUCUUUAUGACCAAGUUUGGUUUUCGUAAGUUAUACAAGAGCCUUUUUUUUUUUUUUUACAUGGGGAAAUGCCUACGCAUACCCGCCUCGCGGGGGCAAGGACGGGUUAUGUCGGACUCGCACCGACUAAAACCCCAUGGUGUUCCACCCUCGUCGCAUAUUGGCAGGGCCACGGGAACGCUUUCGCACACAUCCGCGGCCCCACCUGCGCUGGCCGCCCCAUGGCGGCCCCUCCUCGGUAGAGGACUACUCCUCCCCCAUCUCCCUCUCAGGUAAGGCGCACCAGAACACAUGGCGCGCCCUCCUCCUCGGCCUCCAACUUAACAUGCGCAACGGACGCCCCCGUGUCCGAUGCGCGAAGGCCAUGGGGCCAGGAAAAACUAGCACUAUGAAGCACCGGCCUUCCCGGCCCCAGCGGCGGAUCUGGUCUAUGGCUCCGCCGCCAACCAAGAUUCGGCUGCGGAGGGUAGGGAGAGCGGCGCAUCGCAAUACCGACACUCCUCUCCCACCGCAGCCCCACCACCACCGCAUCAAUCGACGGUACGGCCCCGCCCGAGUCGCGGAGGAUAGGGCGAGUGGCGCAUCGCCAUACCAACACUCCUCUUCCUCCGCGACUCCACCUCGGCUGCAGCGGUAGAGGGUGCGGACUCCCCUCUCACCGCAGCCCCCCGACACACAUCCGAAGUGGACUCGCCAAGCCCACUCGGAGCGGCCACCUCGGGCCGGCCCUACAGCACGGGCCAGCCAAGGGGUUCCUCUUUGUUCACCGUGGGUGACCAAGCCACGGCUACUAAGCCCCCCCGCCACGACAAGGCGGGAACCCGUUCGGGGGGGAAGUUAUACAAGAGCCUACUGCAACCUGGAACAUAUCUAGCGUUCAAAGAAAACGCUGUAGCCAAAAAUGGCAAGGAGAACAACCUUUCCCAACGCGAUAAACAUGAACAAAUUUGAGUUUUAUUUACCAACUGCCACAUUCCUGGAAAAGCAGCGCUGUGUUAAGACCAGCUGCAGACUUAGAAAUCUGUUAACUAUGAUGAUGCCUGAAUUACAUUUUAAAGCUAAAUUUAUUGCAAAAUCUUCGUAUGCUUUAAUAACAUAAAAUUUUAAUUGUUCAGGAAGCUCUAUAGCUUCUUAAUACUUUCAGGUAUUGGAGAAGCAUAUAACAUUGGACAAGAGCAUGAAAGGCACCGACCACGUGUGUUCGUUGACGCCACCCGAGUUCCAACAGCUCGUACGAGAUGUAAGAGUGAUAGAAGCAGCGCUUGGAACGCCUAUAAAAAAAGUUGUCACGUCAGAAAUACCAUGCAUUGAUAAACUUCAGAAGUCGCUAGUGAUGGGAAGCACAAAGAACAAAGGCGAAAUAUUGUAUCCGGGAGAUGUAAAAAUUAAAGUUGCCGAACCAAAAGGACUGAAUGCGCUGCAUUUUGAAGAGGUCAUUUACAAGACUCUUGUGUAUGAUAAGAAAGAAGACGAGCCUCUUUACGAAGGAGAUUUCUGUUAAGUCUGUUGACAAUAAAGUACAAAUCAUUACAAAAGGUUCACGCUCUUUGGUGCAAAUAGGACAGUAGCUCGCAUAUCAUAUUAGUCAUAAGUAAACAAACAUGUUCAUAACCUUUGAUACAUGAAAUGUGAUAAUUAUAAAGUUGAAAUGUGUCAAUUUUAUCGAUAUAAGCCAUUAUUUACUUAUAUACAUCACAAGUUAAAGUCAAACAUUGUGCUAAACGAUUAUUACUAUAUCAUUUAACGUUCUUCAACAUAACAACAAUUUUAUAUAUAUUUUUUUUUAUAUUUAUUUCUAUAAGUAAUGUUAAAGUAACCAUGUAAUCAACCGAAUUUUUAUUUUAAGUUUGAGAUAUUUUAAGAGUAAGAAUAAUUGUUAAUUAUUGAAAUAAAUUUUAAAAUACUCUUGUGUUACAAAUUAUUUUUCAAUAGCCUUUCUUAGUCCUUUUCUUAGUGUUGUAGUGGCAGCAACAAAGUCCAUUUUUUACUCAUUUGAAACAUCCUAUAUAUUAUUAUGUUCAUAUAGAAAGUAAACUAGCUAAAAUAUAUGUUUAUCAUUGAUCAUUGAGUCCUAUAUUGAGUUCGAACAUAGUUAAUAGGAUAUGUAAAACUUUAUGAAUGCGCUUGUUUAUUUGAUUAAACGAAAUUGUUUCCUUUGUAUUUUGAUAUUCGACUGAUUUUCCAUUUUUUACCGACUUUAAAAAGGAGAAGCUUCUCAAUUCGACUGUAUUUUUUUUUAUGUGUUACCUCAUAACUUUUUUCUACAUGAACCGAUUUCGAUGAUUCUUUUUUUUAUUUUAAGACUGGUGCUUUUCAUGUAGUCCCAUAUAAAUUUGAUCAAGGUCUGACCAAUAAUUUUUGAGUAAUUAUUAAUAAUAUAUAUUGAAGUCGAUUGUACAACAUUUUUGAUUUUAAAUUAUAAUAUCUCCCCCUCUUGAAAUUAGAACGGCUAAUAAUCGUUAUGCAUUCAAGAAGAAAGUUCGCGAACAUUACAAUAAACGGGCAGAAUAAUCUCAUCAGUAGUAUUUAUUUAUGUACCUAUUUAUAUAAAUAUAUAAUGUAUGUAAUUUAUUAUUUUAAUGUACAUAAUUUAUAUAUAAUACUAUGCAUGUAGUAAAUAAUUUUUGAAAUGUAAGUUUAUGUAUGGGUAUAUGUAUCAUUUUGUUUUAUGUUUAUAUAAUUUAAUUUAUACUCUUGUCGUUUAGCGUUUCACACACUUACCUACUUCAUAUUUUUAUCUCUGCAUCACCCUAAGGUUGACUGGUAGAGAAUGCCUCAGUCAUUAAUUCCGCUUAUACGUCAUAUUGUAUGAAGUCUAAAUAAAUAAAUCUAUACUCGUAAAUGCGAUUUCUCACAAUUACACAUUUAGUGUAAAAUGGUAGAAUGAUG